AUGAAACCUCGCUGUGGAAAGUGCGAUAAAGAUAUUUUAAAUAUCGAACCCGCGCAAUGUUCUUGUUGUGAGAAAUAUUUUCACGUGCAACAAGAGUGUUGCGAUGCUAACCGUAGUAGCAUACAGCAGCUGUUCAGCACAAACAAGGCACUCUGGCUUUGUGUUGACUGCCGAAAGCUGUUUGCCAAUCGAACCUUGCAUGCAUUCCUGGAAGAGACAAUUCGACGGCCUCCUGACGAGUUAGCUGAGCUUCGAAAGAAAGUCGACGAGUUAUCUGAUCUCGUAGUCGCACUACAAAAGCAAAUUGGAGAAAACCAUGAUGUAGUUACGGCCAAACUUGAUCGUCCACCGAAUGCAAAUUGGCCCCAACUACCUAGCGGAACUCCUUCUAACACCGACAAACGGAGCCGCGCUAUGCGAUCUCGCAAAAGACGCUGCGGUCCUAAUGGCGAGCCGGUUGAAGUAGAGUCCGUUCCACGCCCAUCUAUUUCCAACGGAACUAGCAAUAUCGACCUCAGUGAUUUGCUGUUGACAUGUCCCAUCGCUGCAGCAGUACCACCACCUAAAUGUUGGGUAUAUCUCAGUGGAUUUAAUCCAAAAAUUACAAACGAUGAUGUGGUGAAAAUUGCGAAACGAUGUUUAAACACAACAAAUGAAAUUGAGGCAUUUCGACUGGUACCUAAAAACGUUGACGAUUCCAGAUACUCAUUUGUUUCGUACAAGAUUGGUGUGGACAUGGCACUCAAAGAUAAGGCUCUUCUUCUUUCAUCUUGGCCGCAGAGCAUCAAGGUUCGUGAGUUUGUAGAGUUGUCAAAAAACGAUCUUCGCAUGCCUGAAAAAAAUGUGCCGAGCAAAUCUUGGGAACUGAACAUCGACACCCCCGAACGGAGGAACGAAUUGGCGGAGACCGACAAAUAG